ACUCAAUACAUCUCUCUUCAACCCGCCAAACGACCGCCGCCAAACGACCGUAGCCAUGGCCGACGAUGGCAUGCUCCUCAAUUUUGAAAUCGGUGAGGCGCCGAUAAAACCUCAAGUUAAGUUUACAGGUGGUCGCUGGAGGGACCGAAAGCACGCUGAGCGCAGCGCAAGGAAGAAUCGCGAAAACCCGUGGGACGGUGCCAACGGAACCCCACUUGCGAAUGGUCGCCCCAGUGGUAACAGCGACGAGACGGAUCGCGUUGGCAAUGAGAGGCCCACGAAGCGUCAGAGAAUUGCUGCCGAAGCCAGGGGAGAGGAAUCAAAUACAAACAAACCCAACACCAGUGCACCAAAAUUGCUGGCGUAUAUGACGGGCAAGCUGCCUCCAGGUAGCAUCAGCGUGGCGCCAAGGAAUGGAAAUCAGACAGCAAGGUCAGGCCCAGUAACGUCGAGGUUAUUCACAUCAAAUCCGACGCCGAAAACCGUCUUCGAAGAGCCUGUCGUAGAAGCCGAGCCAACACAGCCGUCCAAUGCCCCGCUCUCGGAGGAGGCAGAAAACUUCCGCGCUCUGGGUUUGUCGGGGCGCAUUGCGCAACAUCUGUCCAGCAAGCUUGAGAUGAAGGCACCGACAUCAAUUCAGAAGAACGCGAUUCCAAAAUUGGUCGAAGGCGACAGCGAUGCGUUCCUCCAGGCUCAGACCGGUUCUGGAAAGACCUUGGCAUAUCUCCUUCCCAUAGUGCAGCGAAUUAUGGCACUCAGUCACAAUGAGGACGGAACAAGUACCGGUAUCAAGAUCCAUCGAAACUCAGGCUUGUUUGCUAUGAUUCUCGCCCCAACGAGAGAACUCUGCAAGCAGAUUGCCGUGGUGUUGGAAAAGCUCCUACGCUGUGCACCAUGGAUCGUCAGUACAACAGUCAUUGGUGGUGAAAGCAAAAAAUCAGAGAAAGCCCGCCUACGGAAAGGCGUCAACAUUCUGAUUGCAACUCCGGGUCGUCUGACGGAUCACUUGGACCACACGCAAGUCCUCGAUGUUGGCACCGUCCGAUGGCUGGUCCUCGAUGAAGGUGAUCGACUGAUGGAGAUGGGAUUUGAAGACGACCUCAAGACCAUUAUUGGCAAAAUCAGGAAAGAAGGUUUGAAGACGCAAAACGAUGAAGGCGUCAAACUCGACGCGUUACCACAAAGACGAAUUACUGUACUCUGUUCUGCAACCAUGAAGUACAUCGACAAGCUCGGCGAAGAAAUCUCUCUCAAGGAUGCCCUCGAAAUUAAAGCCACGAGCGGUGAUGCUGGAAAUGACGCAGAAGCUCUUGGGGCCGAUUCUGUCUUCCAAGCUCCAUCUCAGCUCAAGCAGACCUACAUCGUAACCGCACCGAAGUUGCGGUUGGUAACCUUGCUUGCACUCCUCAAAUCCACUUUCGCACGUAAGGGCUCGGUGAUGAAAGCCAUUGUCUUUAUAUCAUGUGCCGACUCCGCCGACUUCCAUUUCAACCUGCUUCGAUCUGCUCCUGCUUCAGCUGCUUCGACCGAUGACCGAACUUCCAACACUGUCGCAAAUGCAGCGUACAUAACAUCACCGGCGAAUCAAACAAUCACGCUCUUCAAACUGCAUGGAUCACUCGCUCAGCCUGUCCGGACGUCAACUCUCAACGCAUUUACUACAGCCACAGACCCAGCUGUUCUUAUCACGACUGACAUCUCCUCCCGUGGUCUUGAUGUCCCCGCCGUAGAUCUUGUGAUCGAGUACGAUCCCGCCUUCAGCGUUGAUGACCAUACUCAUCGUAUCGGUCGAACAGCCCGUGCCGGUCGUCCUGGAAAGGCUGUACUCUUCCUGCAACCAGGAUGUGAAGAGGGAUACGUUCCCUAUCUGAAGACAAACAUGUCCGGCCAAUCUGCAGACACCGUAAUUCAAAAGGGUUUCAUUACCCCUAUCACAAUACCCAAGUCAUCCACGAAGGAAACCGAAGCUCCAAUUCUUGAAAGUGAAAAGUCGUCCAUGAAGCGUGCUGAGGCGCUGCAACUGCACCUUGAGCAACGCCUUCUGGAAUCAGACAAGACGGGCAGCAAGCUUCUGGACGAGGCACGUCUAGCCUUCCGUUCUCAUAUUCGUGCGUAUGCAACACAUGUCAAGGACGAGCGUGAAUUUUUCAACAUGGAAGAAUUGCAGUUGGGACACAUGGCCAAGAGCUUUGGCUUGCGGGAGGCGCCCAGUAACAUCGGUGGUGGUCCAUCAAGGAGGGCACACAAGGGCGGACAGCAGCAGCAGAGGGGUGGUUCGGCGCCGAAGAGGGCGAGUCGAGGAGGCGGCGGCGCCGAUGACAUCCCGAGCAGUAUGGCAAUUGAUAAGGAUGACCUUGGUGCAGCGGACGAGGAUGCGGCUAGGAGGAUGAAGAUGAAACUCAAGGAGGUGAUGGGCGCGGCUUCGGAGUUUAAUAUUGGGUAGUCUGGAUUGAGGGAUAUACAAAACAUAGUUUUUCCAUAUGCGAAAGCGCGAUCGGAAACAAGGUUGAAGUCGUACAUAUUCGGAGAGUAGGACUGUAGCCAUACGAUGAAGAUAGACGCCCCUCCGAAC